AUGCCCGACAUGCAUACUAUCUUCCAAGCCUCUCCCCCGAAACUCGACCUCUCAAAUGCCCCGUCGCAGUUUUUUCAAGUACCCGCCUCUACAGCCUCCGAAUCACUGUAUUCGAUCUCAGUUAGUCGCAAGCGACCUCGCCGAAACACAGAGAAAUAUCCAUCUCAUUUCGAGUCUGGUUUCACCUCACCCAUGAUCCACAACUACCGCUCACUAAGCGGUAAUAACUUCACCUCCGCUGAGCUGGAUUACCGUCCAAACCGAUACCGUGAAUCGUUCCUCCCACCUUGCUUCGAUUCAGGCGAUGAAUCAGUCACUCAAGCCGAAAAUAGCAGUCGCAAGCGCAGCCGCCGCGACUCGUGCAUCGUUUCACCGAGCGCCGAUAGCCCGAGCCUCUCCACACCAACUGGAUGGGGGCGAACCGUGAUCAAAGCUGUUGGAAAGGUCCUCGAUUUGUGCUGGACGGGAGCUUUCCGCGGAUUCUACGCCGGAGGAGGCCAAGGCUACGAUAUGCCUGCAUCAACAACCCUCGAAUCUAGCUGGCAGCCCUCGACGAGCCCAUCGAAUGAGAAAGAGAUCUACAACAACCCAUAUUGCUCGACACCCGUCCCGGGACAAUAUCCCGAGGAUGAAAUCGAUCGGAGCUGGGUCGUUGUUCCUGAGAGUGCGGAUCCUUUUGUGGGUGGAAGCGAUCUUCCUAGUCCUUCUCUACGAUCACGACGGGCUUUCCAAGUCUCCAGUCCGCGCCGACGGCCGGCUGUCAUGCCCAGGCUUACUAAAAAGGCUUCUUAUGCUGGUCCUCAGUCGCCAACUAAAAGUCAGGGCUCACCAUCUCCGAGAUUGAGAGAUGGUCCUGCGUCUACGGAUAUGCAGCGACAGGCUGCUAAGAUGCGCCGCAAGGAACGAGAUGAAGAUGCUAGCAUUCAACGCUUGAACAAGCAAUUGCAAGCUAUGAUCCGGGAGGGAAAGGAAGCUCUCGGAACAACCGUCGUAGUGGAGGAUUUCGACAUGUACGACUCCGACUAA